AAUGACCAACUUUCAAAACUUACAUUGCAUUACCAUUGCAACUUAUUUUCAGUUAUAUACUAUUAGACCGUAGUGAUAUUUUACAAGGAUUUGUGUUAAGAAUAAGUUAAUGUUUUAUAAUUUAUAAAAUGGGUAAAGAAAAUGAUACAGAUAAUUCCAAAAAAAGGAGAAAAUCUAUCAGCACUGGUACUAUUCCGUGGCUAAAAGAUGGAGACAUGUAUAAGACUAUAAUCACCAAUGAAGAAAAAGAGGCUUUGGAAAGAUCACCCGAAAGUGAUUCGCAAAGUUUCUUAUCUACAUGUGAAAAUAUCCGGAAAGCCAUGAGUAAAAUUGCUAAAUUAAAAAUGAGCAAUGAUUCAAACGCAGAGGAAGAAGUACAUGAGUUACAAGUUCAAACAUCGUUAUCAUUUAUUGAAUUAAAGAAACUCAAUAGGAUGGAGAAGUUUCGUACUAAGUUUGCUCGAGAUUCUUUAGUUGCGGCUAAGAGUAGUGUCGAUAGCAAGCAUUUACAAUUACAGAAUUUAUUAUACGAGGUCAUGCAUUUAAAAAAAGAAGUUAUUAAAUGUCUACAAUUUAAAUCAAAAGAUGAGUUGAUACAACUUGUACCGGAAGAAGAAUUUUAUGGAGAAGCACCUGAAAGCAUAUCUAGACCAGAAAUAACAAAAAUGAACCCGCAUCAAUUAAGAUUAGCUCGACUUGAAUGGGAAUUGACUCAACGGAAACAGCUAGCUGCUUUAUGCGAUGAAUUAACUGAAAGUAAGAAAGCAGUUACAGCCGAUAUGGAAUCUAAACAAACUAGAUUGGAUAAUCUUGCACCACAACUUCUAGCCAUACUAGAAGCAAGUAAACCAUUGCAAGAAAGUCUCGGAUUACCUUUAGAUAAAGUUAGACAAGAACAUCAGAAAGCAGCUUUGCUCGCAUCACCUUUAUAUGUACUUUAUGCAAAAGCAACUGCAUAUCGAGAUGCAUAUGAUAAUACAAUUAUCAUAAAAGUGGAAGGAGACAAAGACGAAGCAAAGCGUACAAAUAAUCAAGAUGGAUUACAAGAAUCAGAUUCAGAUCCUGAAACUCAGUUAGAGAAUAUCGUAGAAGAAACACCUGUACACAAAAAAAGACAUCACAGAUUGUCUAAAGAAGCUAGACAAGAAGAAAAAAGAUCUAAAUUAUUGCAGAGGCACCCUUUAAACGUAACACUUGUCAUUUCAAUGAAAACUGAAACCAAAUUAACGUUACAAUUCUUUUAUAUGAUACAUUUAAAAGUGGUUACGGUAGAAUCUAAACUCGAAACUGAUGUUUCUGGAGGCAUUAGUGCUGGAGACAUGCUCGUAUCAGAAUCAGUUCUUCGUGAAUUAUAUCCCAAUGAUUUGGGUAUAGAAAGUCCAAAUCCUGCCAAUCAUUAUCAACUAGCGCGUCACAAUUUAGGAUCAUUUUCAAGUCUAGGAUUAGGUAUUCCUUAUAGAUGGGCUCAAAGGAUGGCUGGGUUGCAUUUUAUUUCAUCUAACUCUCACGAUCAAAAGCCUACCGUUCAAGAAUCAACGCAAGAUAGUGUUGUAAGCGUUCUGAAAGAAAUAAAAAGACGAGUAAAAGCUAGAUUAGAAUUAUGUCGAGAAAUUCGUCGAUUGGAAUCUGGAAAUUUACCUAUUCUUAUAAAUACCGUUAAUCCACUGCCACAAAAAAUUACAACUUCGUUGCAUAGAUUUACUACUAUGACAUGGAAAAAUUAUUCUAAUUAUACUAGCGCACCCAUUUAUCGAGAAGGAUUGGUAUCAUCUGUUGAUAUCUUUUAUGAAGCUGUAUUACGUCGUGGAAGCAGUGAACUCAUAGCUAGGAUUGCUAUAAAACCAGAUUAUCCAAAAGUAGCUGCGUUGUUCAGCAUAAGCAUAAGUCCUAUGGUUCCUGCAUCGGUUGAUAUUUUAAGAGACAUUGAACGGGAAGUUAAUGUUAUGUGGACAAAACCUCCGACGAUAUCAGCACAAUUACAACGUUUAAGAGCAUGCUUCGAUAUAUAUUUGGAAACGGAAAGUAUGGCACCUAAAGAAAAAAUCUUUUUCCACCCUGUCAGAGGACGUACACGUGCAAGGCCUUACAAAUAUUUGGCAUUAGGAGGAGGAAUAUUCACUCAUCGUUAGUUAUAGACCAAUUAUUUUUACAUUUAAUUUUGAGCUAUAAAUAUUAAAAAAGAAUUUUUAUUUAAAAAUGUUUAGUUAUUUUUAUUUUGCAAUUGUUAUUUAAAUAGCAAUUGAUGUGAUUGGUAAUGUACUCUUUAUUCUGGAAACGCUGAUGAGAUAAUUUCUUAGCAUAUAUCUUAGGUGUUUGUUUUCUGCCAAUAACUUGUUACAUUCUUUCUUCAUUGAAAUAUUUUCAACCUUUAUAUAAUUGUAACGCAUCCAAAAUUUUUCCAAUUUUUGAAAUGGUUUAGAUAUCUAUGUAUGUAUAUAUUUACAUAAAUAG